GCGCAGAGGCUCACUCCAAGCCCUCAGGCACCCACACAGCAGCAUAAAAGCCAGUCCUGCGCCUCACUCCCUCACACCCUUCUCCUGACACCUUCUCCUGUGCACUCCUUCAGGGACCCUCCACUCCACAGCCAUGUCCUGCUCCAACCUCUGCCGCCCCUGCGGACCCACCCCGCUGGCUAACAGCUGCAACGAGCCCUGUGUCAGGCAGUGCCAGGACUCCCAGGUCGUCAUCCAGCCUUCCACCGUGGUGGUCACCCUGCCGGGACCCAUCCUCAGCUCCUUCCCCCAGAACACCGCCGUCGGAUCCUCCUCAUCAGCUGCCGUGGGCAGCGAACUCAGCGCCCAGGGAGUGGCCAUCUCCUCCGGCGGCUUCGGCUUCGGAGGCCUGGGCUGCUUCAACGGCUGGAGAGCCCUCUACCCCUGCUAAGGGCCUGCGCCCACACCCUCACAGCAACCACCACCACCCUGCAAGGCGCCUCAUGCACUGAGGAGGCACCUCUGCCACUGGUAGCACAUGGGAUCAGCAGCUCUUCAACCACGUCUCUUCAUUCAGGACAACAAUGACGCAAGCUGUGAAGGUCCCCAGACCACACUGCUUACAAUGAGGGCCUCUGAAUAAUUUAAUAUCUUGCACGUUCUUCUCUGGAUCCUUUUCUUUCUCUGGAAGGAUGCUGAUGGCCAUGCGAUACGGACUUAUGGCCAUGGCAUUUUCACUUGCUGCUCCUUCCAGCUCUUCUAUUUUCCUCAAUAAAGUUCUCAUGCAUGCCA